GCUUGUUCUACCACGCUCUCAACCCGUUCUUUCAAGGUGGGUUCACGUGGAGCUAACGCUUCAGGCAAAUGCUGUGCUGCAAAUUGACGAAGACGUGCAAGUGGGCUAUCCGCUGUCAUGUUAAAUUGCAAAUUGUUGUUUAGUUACUGCUUAGGGAAAAAGUUACAGAUGUCAACGUUCUUUAGAGAAGAUUGACAAGUGCUGGUGUUUAACAAGCUUGUAAUGGGUUCACUUGUCGCGCUUUACCGACUCACUCGAAAAAAAAAAUUACCCGCUGGCUUCCAGCAUGAACGUCAUCAUCACCGCACAUCAAACCGCGAGGCUUUCGGAUUGAAACUCCGGCGUCUUUCAUCUCAGUCAGCUGCAGUUCUAACAAAGCGACGGAUUUUAUAUGAGGCUCCUGUUCUAAGUAGAUAAUAUACAAAACAUUACAAACUUCUGUAGAAAUAUAGUAUAUGUAGGUACUAAUGUAGGUAGUAAUGAAAUG